CUACUAUCUAUCCCCGCGCGGGCGCACAAUGGCAACGGGAGAAGCGUAUAAAGCCCGGCUGCUUGGCAGUCCACCCCCGCCCGCGUUCCCACCGCGCAUCCCUCGGAGUCAACGUCGACGAUGAACGGCCUCACCUGGCGCGCUCUCCUCUCCCUCGUCCUCGCCGCUGCCGCCGUCGCGUCCCCGACGCGCCGCGCAGGCUACAAGGUCAGGCAGACCGUGCGCGCCCCGUCGUACUGGGUCCAGCACUCGGCGGCGCCUGAGGACCAUGUCAUCCGCCUCCGUAUCGGUCUUCCCCAGCCGAACUACCAUCUGCUGGAGGAGGCCGUGUACGCGGUCAGCGACCCCGCGCACAGGAGCUACGGGAAGCACCUCUCGAAGGAGGAAGUCGAGACGUUGAUCGCACCCGAGGACGCCAGCCUCAGCGCUGUCAACGACUGGCUGGCUGAGCAUGGGCUGUCGGAGGAGCACAUUGAGCGCUCCCCCGCUCGCGACUGGGUGAUUGUCAACAUCCCCGUCGCGCUGGCCGAGGAUAUGCUCGACACGACCUACAACGUCUGGAAGAACACUCGCACCGGCGAGACCAUCGUCCGCACGACCGAGUACUCCCUCCCCGAGUCCCUCCACGAGCAUGUCGACGUCGUUCAGCCCACGACCAGCUUCGCCACCUGGAGCAAGCACAAGGCUGGCUACAUCAUCGACGACGACUACCAGGAGUUCUCCCAGUUCGGCUCUGACCGCGCCUCCUUCGCCCCGGCCGUCAACGUUGUCGACUCCAUCGCCGCCGCGAACUACCCGCCGGUCGAUGCUAGCUGCUACGACAAUGUCACGCUUACGUGCAUUCGCCAGCUCUACAACAUCUCCGAUUACACUCCGGACGCGAGCCUGAACAACUCGAUUGCGACCACGGGCUACCUCGAGCAGUUCGCCAACUUCGAGGAUCUCGCAAGCUUCUACGAGGCUCAGCUGCCCGAGGCGGUUGGCACGAACUUCUCUGUCGUGUCUGUCAAGGGUGGGUUAAAUAACCAGUCCCUUGAGGAGGCCGGUGCCGAGGCGAACUUGGAUGUCCAGUUCGCGUUCGGCCUUAGCUGGCCUAUCAACGCUACGUACUACACCACCGCCGGCCGUCCCCCAUUCAUUCCGGACCAGUCCACGACGACGAACACGAACGAGCCGUACAAUGAUUGGCUUGACUACGUUCUCGCCCUUGAGGAGGUUCCCCUCGUCAUCUCCACCUCCUACGGUGAGGCCGAGCAGACCAUUCCCGAGGAUUACGCCCGCAGGGCAUGUGCCGGUUUGGCGCAGCUUGCUGCGCGUGGCGUGACGCUCACCUUCUCGUCUGGUGAUAACGGUGUUGGUGAUGGCAAUGCUGGCAGCAACCACACCUGCUACUCGAACGACGGCCAGGACACCUACAAGUUCCUGCCCGCUUUCCCUGCGUCUUGCCCCUUCGUGACUGCCGUCGGUGGUACCACGAUCAAGGCUGGCCUGCCUGAGGUUGCCGUCUCGCGCUUCUACUCUGGCUCCGGCUUCUCCGACUACUUCGAGCGCCCCGACUACCAGUCUGAGGUCGUCCAGGCCUACGUCGACGCUCUCGGCGAGGACACCUACGCCGGUCUCUUCAACCGCUCCGGCCGCGCAUACCCCGACGUCGCCGCCCUUGGCGACUAUUUCGUCAUCUACCUCUCCGGCCGCGCGGUCCACAUUGGUGGCACGUCCGCCUCGUCGCCCGCUUUCGCUGGCAUCGUCGCUCUCCUUAAUGAUGCCCGCCUCAAGGCCGGCCUCUCCCCGCUCGGUUUCUUGAACCCGCUCAUUUACUCAUUGAACGGCUACGGCUUCAACGAUAUCCUGAACGGUACUUCGACCGGUUGCGGCACCACCGGCUUCAACGUCACCGAGGGUUGGGACCCGGUCACUGGGUUCGGCUCCCCCAACUUCGGUGUCCUGAAGGACUACGUCGUGUCGUUGGAUUAAUUUACUAACGAGCGCUUUGGCACGAGUGCACUAACACCAAACGGGCACCUUUGUGGUAUUUAUCAAGGGUCUGAAUAUUCAUUCGCUGAAGAGACGAUUUCACUGGGACUUCUUUCUUGCAAGGGGAUCCUGCUACUUGCGUAUGUCGUUACGCCAACAUUCUCACAAGGUAAUCGCGGUCACGGGUUUCUCUAUCUCUAUCACAUCUCGGCAGGCCCUCGUGUCCGCUGCGUUCCUUUGUCCUCUUACAGUCUUUCACGGAUGUACCCCGCCGUCCUGCUGCCACCUUCCAUCCUGCCUUCAUCCUCCUCCUCACUCACGUCUUC